GAGGGGUGAGCGGUGGGCAGUAGAGAUGUUGGUCUGUCCAAGGAAGACAUGUGGGCGGUGCAGCUCCAGUCCUUUGUUCUUUAUCUGCUGUUUUCUCAAAAGCUCACGUGUCUUGUUUCUCAUCCAGGGUCAACGGCUCCACACGUGUGUUACUGACUGUGUGCAUGUUACUAACAUUGUGUGUGUGUGUGAGGUGCCCGGUGCCCAGUGUUGGGUCAGGACCAGGCAAGCAAGAGUUAAGCAGCAGGAUGAGGAGGACCCUGGGUCAUGACAGAUGAUGUCAGAACAGGGGGUUGGGGGAGGGGCUUCUAGAAAAAGAGAGUGAGCAAGAGAGAGAGUGUGGUGCAUCUUGUGUCAGCAGCAUAGCUGCUGCGUGCGCGUGUGUGUGUGUGUGCGCGUGUGCGUGCAGGCCCUCCCAGGGAGGGUUUCAGCAGAAGGAGGGUGGAGUCAGGUGCAGAUGUGCUGCUCUCCCCUGGCUGCCGCUUCGAGGUGAGACAAUCUAGAGAGAGGGAGAGCGAGAGCUCUGAACACGGAGGAUGGACGGACAGAUGGACGGACGGCCUUGUCCCCCGCGCCGGGAAGGGCAGGAGGCCACGGAGCAGUCGGGUUCCGGUCCGCGCCGCCGCAGCCACGGUUCCGUGAGAGAGAGUCUCUUCUUCCCUGUGCUGGAGCGCAACGAGCAGCAGCGGCUAGACGCGCUGAGCCGAAGCUCCCCGGAGCGCAGCCUGCAGCACGAUGUGCGGCCCAAGCGCUGGACCUGGGGAGGUGACUACGAGAACGACCUGAGGUGUGACGUCUCACCAUCCAGCACCAGCAGUGAAUCUAACCAUGUGUCUCCUAGUCCCCACAGACCUUCCGCCUCGGGCCCUCCCAGUGAUGCCGAGAACGGAAAGAGCAGAGUCGAAUCCCCAGCUGCAACCCCUAAAGCGCCGGCGAUGGAGACUUCAGGUGCAGAGAAAGCAUCGGCCUCCUUGCUCAGAAGCUCCUCUGCGAGGCGUCCCGACUCCCCGGCCACACCGUCUCGGCGCUCCUCUCCUCGGCCCCUGAGCCAGAGCCUCGGCACUCCCAGAAGGAGCCGCCGCCAGUCGCCCUGCGCCACCGGGCCUCACCCCUCCUCGCCCCUGAAGAACGGACCCAGCUGGCCCAGCGCAGACCUCAGCAGGAAGCCAGCGGGGGAGGAGAAGGAAGUCAAAGGUCACGGCUCAUCUGAGAGGAAAGCGUCAAAGGCGGAGACGACCGAAAGGAAGAUGCCCAAGUCUGUGAGCCGGGAGAGAGCAAUGGGUGCAGAAAGGAGCGCAGACGCGUCCCCCGUGACCCCUACCGGAAAGCCUGUUGCCGGGACAACGGAUGCAGAGGAGGCAUCCAGACUGCUGGCAGAGCGCCGGCGUCAGGCUCGUCAGCAGAAGGAGCAAGAGGAGAGACAGCGGCGAGAGCAGGAGGAGGAGGAGAGGCUGAGAGUGGAGGAAGAGCAAAGGAGGCUGAGAGAAGAGAGAGCGCGUCUAGAGGAGGAGGCCCGGCAGAAGGAGGAGCAGAGGCAGAGGGAAGAGCUGGAGAGAAGAAGAGUGGAAGAAGAGGAGCGGCGUCUGAAGGAGCGACGAUGGAGGGAACUGCAGGCUCAGCUGGAGAGAGAGAAGGAGGAAAUGGACUUUCGGGCCCAGAAGGAGGCAGAACGCCAGCAACAGGAGAGGGAGAUGCUCAAAUUACAGGAAGAUGAGGAGAGACUGCAGAGGAAGAAGAGGAUCGAGGAGAUUAUGAGAAGGACCAGGAAGACUGGCGCUGAGGGAAAGAAAGACGCCGUUUGGGCAGAGCCGGCGUCCGCUGUCUCCCACGUGCAGUCUUUCUCAUCUCCGCUCCUGGGGCUUCCAGCAGGUAUAGGACAGGUGAAUACCGUGGUGAACAUACAGGUGAGUGGGCCGGGCCUGGAGCAACUGCCCCCAUCCUUUGGCCUGGGGCUGCUGGGAGUGCAGAGCCGGGGGGCAGAUGAGCUUGCUGAUGAAGUCCAGGCCAUGGAUGUCAGCCCAGUGAGCAAGGAUGAGCUCACCUCCAACUUGCCUGACAACGAGCUCCAGAAGAGCAGUACAAGCAACGCUUGCGCCCUGGAGGACCUGCUGGACAUCACGAGCCAGGUGUCCUGUCCAGCGCUGUCUGCUGGGGAGCCCCUGGGGGACUGCAACAAGAACCUCAUCGAGGACUUCUACCCCAGUGCUGAAGCCCAGCUGAUCCAGAGCUUCAUCUCCUCUCCUGACGAGCGCAACCUGCAGUGACCAGCCGAGACCGGAGGCGAGCCAGUAGCUGUGGAAACAUCUGCUGAGGAGCACAUGGAUGGCUUUUUGGCUGUGCUAAACAAGCCUCUCACCCACGAGUACGAUCCCUGGCGCCGAGGACGAGCGAGAGGAAGCGCUGGAUUCGCCAUUUUGUUUGUCAU